AUGGCUCCAACAAAUGCGAAUACUUUGAAUGGGAGCAAAGGAUUUUCUCCUGCUAAGAAAACACUUCCUGAGGUUGAUACAGAAGCAACUAAUGGAAAUGGAACUAACGGGUACUCAUACGAAACUCUUCAAGAAACGGCAAACUUUCUUCUAUCACGGACCUCUAUCCGACCAUGCAUUGGCGUCAUAUGCGGUUCUGGGAUGGGUUCUUUGGCAGAAAAUAUAGAUGACCCAGUAUGUAUUCCAUAUGAAGAGAUACCAAACUUCCCUAUAAGCACGGUGGAAGGACACCAUGGAAGAUUGGUGUUUGGUUGGCUAAAUGGAAUUCCGGUAGUAGCAAUGCAAGGACGCUUCCAUUACUACGAGGGCUAUCCUUUAUGGAAAUGCUGCCUACCUGUGCGAGUUAUGAAACUCAUAGGAGUAAAGACACUUAUUGCGACCAACGCGGCCGGAGGAUUAAAUCCUAAUUAUAAAAUUGGUGACAUAAUGAUUGUAAAAGAUCACAUAAACAUGAUGGGUUUCGCCGGAAACAAUCCCUUACACGGUCCAAAUGAUGAGAGAUUCGGCCCUCGCUUCCCACCCAUGAACAAAGCAUACAACCAUAAAUACAGGAGUAUUGCCAAAGAGUUGGCGAAAGAGUUAAACAUUGAAAAUAUGGUAAGAGAGGGAGUCUAUACGUGCCUCGGCGGACCAAACUUUGAAACUGUUGCGGAAUUGAACAUGUUGAAGAUGGUUGGAGUCGACGCAGUAGGCAUGUCUACCGUUCACGAGGUAAUCAUAGCAAGACAUUGCGAUAUGAAAGUAUUCGCACUAUCAUUAAUUACAAACGAAUGUGUGACGAGCUACGACAAAGACGAUGAAGCUAAUCACGAAGAGGUUUUGGAUGUAGGAAGAAUGAGGCAAGAUAUCCUCCGAAAAUACGUUUCGAAACUAGUAGCUAAAUUUGCAGAAAUAGAAAAUUAUCCUUGA